CUCAAAGUGGCUAGAAUACGCCCCCCCUCCCACGUACUCCACCCCGUCCUUGCAGAUCCAUUGGCAGUACAGUAUAGCUUUCCUGGACCUUUGCGGUGUUGUGACAUUCUCCUGGGUAUUGUGUAAAAACUGUGAAACGAUGGAGCAGUUGCUACCCUUGUAGAAAGACUUUGCAGAAGGGUUGCGGCUGCUGCUUCUGUGCAACGUCUUACCCCAGGGAUCCAGUCCCCAAGGACUUUUAUUGCUGCUCCUGUCAAACUCCAUUUGUACCAUUUCACCUGCCCAGUUCUCCCUGGUUGGGUUUACUGUGGUGGGUGCUGCUUAGGAAGCCUUUUGGUCCAGCACCUCAACUGCUCAAACUGAGCUCAUCAGUGUAGAAAUGUUUUCUGCUGUUUGCAAGCAGAUGGGUCCGUUAACUAAGGCUGACAGAUGUGGGUGCAGAGACUGUGGAACUAACUCUUGGUAGAAAUUUUGGCAUCAUUUCCCUACCACUGGGUCGAACUAGCCAUGCUGGGCUAUGAAUGUGAGGUCAUCCACCUAUGUGCCGGACAUUUUGCAACAAAUAGCUCUGCCCCCCUCUUUUUUUGAGCUAUGAAGCUGUUGUACCUAGUGCAUGUUUUACUACCCUUGUACGCAGACCCUUUCAUAUUGGGAGUAGUGCUGGGAAGCAAUCACUAUAACGCUUAGGGGGAAAACAAUUUGUAGAAUCCAAGACAUGCUAUACGAGCAGAACAGGAAGGAAAGUCUAUUAGGUCUUUAAACAGAACUGGUUGGGCAAGUCAGCAAUCGAUGACCUGGUGACAUUUCCUGGUAACAUUUCCUGGAUCCUAUUUGGGGAGGAGCUAAGCUCUGCCACCUGUCGCAAGCUAUAGGUGCGGCUGGUCCCCAGAACUCCCAGCAAGAUAUGAAUUGGGAACAGUCAGAAAGGUCUGGAAACCACAAGGGCCCUGGCAUAAUUGCUACUCAAAAUGAUGUAAAGAUCCAAACUUCUGGGGUGGGAGAAUCGUUGUCGGUUCCCGGGAACCUCAGGCUCAUGCCCGUCCCAUCCCGCCCACGCCUGCAAUGGGACGAUUCUCUGAAUCCCUUGCGGAUUAGUGUGGGCGGACUCCCAGUGCUGGCGUCCAUGACCAAAGCGGCUGACCCCCGCUUCCGCCUGCGUUGGAAGGCCAUUGUGGCAACCUCCCUGGCCCUGAUCCUUGUCCUGCUGCUCCUCUGCUUCCAGCGUUCGCCUUCGGCAAGCAGGCCGGUGCCUCUCCCCGCUCACAACUGGCGCCUCGGGGCACUGCCCAGUGGGCGCUACAAUGACACCUACCCCUUGUCGCCACCCCAGCGGAUCCCAGAGGGCGUGCGCUACCGCAUCGGACUCAUUGCCGACCUCGACACGAACUCCAAGGGCCCCGGCGAGCACACCUGGUUCAGCUACUUGAAGAAAGGUUACCUGACCCUGUCGGCCAGUGGGGACCAUGUCUCUGUCGAGUGGGACACCCAGGACCAUACGCUGGAGUCUCACCUGGCUGAGAAGGGGCGUGGCAUGGAGCUCUCCGAAUUGGUAGUCUUCAAUGGCAAGCUGUAUGCUGUGGAUGAUCGCACUGGUGUGGUCUACCAGAUCGAUGGCACCAAGGUGGUACCUUGGGUGAUCUUGUCUGAUGGGGAUGGCACAGUUGGCAAGGGGUUUAAGGCUGAGUGGCUAGCAGUGAAGGACGAGCAUCUGUACGUAGGAGGCCUGGGCAAGGAGUGGACGACCACCACUGGGGAGGUGCUGAACGAGAACCCCGAGUGGGUGAAAGUCAUUGGCUACAAAGGUGACGUGGCUCACGAGAACUGGGUGGCCAAAUACAACGCACUGAGGACUGCGGCGGGGAUCAAGCCCCCAGGUUACCUGAUCCACGAGUCUGCCUCUUGGAGCGAGACACUCGAGCGCUGGUUCUUUUUGCCGCGCCGCGCCAGCCACGGGCGCUACAACGAGCAGGAGGACGAGCACUGCGGCACCAACCUGCUGCUUAGUUCCGCACCGGACUUUGCCGACAUCACUGUGAGCCGUGUUGGCGACGUCAUCCCCACCCACGGCUUCUCCUCCUUCAAGUUUGUCCCUGACACGGAUGACCAGAUCAUUGUGGCACUGAAAUCUGAGGAGGACGCUGGGCAGGUGGCAACGUACAUCACCGCCUUCAUGCUGGAUGGGCGUUGCCUUCUGCCUGAAACUCGUAUCGGUUCCGUCAAAUAUGAAGGCAUUGAGUUCAUCUAAUGGAUUGAAUGGGUGCUUUGGAGACAAGGCGGAUGAGCUGGGUGUGGGGAUGGGGCAGGAGGAUGUGCCCCGGGAUUUCCCCUCUUAAUUCUGGCUCGGCUGCAAAGCAUGGUGGGACUCUGAAGUGCUCUUUCAUGGCAUAGCUUUCACUUCUAUAAAAGCAACUUGGUUUAUUGCAAGUGUGGGCCUGUUUCUGUGCGGACCCCUAGUGGUGCAGGGUGGGCAGCGCCUUUGCAGUUUUUCGUUUCUUGGCUUCAUUGCACCCUGCAAGGAACUCCCUUGGUUUCAGUCCAGCUCCUUCCUGCUUUACUCAACUAGCCUGGUGAUCUGGCAGGACGUACGUGAGCAAUUGGCUUGAUCCUAUCCCUUCACUUUAUUCUAUUUUCUACAAUUCACAUGUGCCUUUGUUAGGAAAGAGAAACCUUAGCACUUGGCUGUCCAGCAGGAUUAUUAUUCAGUCACCCGAAGGGUCUUCCUUGACCCAUCCCACUCCACCCCACAGUAGCCUUGGACCUUGGCUAGAUGGGUACUUCUUUAUGAUUAGACAUUGCUGUUGAGACCUGGACCUCUGGUCUGGAGUAUGUCAGAUAACAGUAGAGGGGGUGAGAGAGCUGGGGAAACUGUUUGGAGCAAAAGGGUGCUCUGCGGUCAGCCCCCUUGUGGCUGCAGCAAAGGGAUCGCUUCCGUUAGCUGCUCCGUGUAGUUCCUAAUCUUGAGAUACCCCAGACUCCAUAUAGGUGUGAACCAAAAAGGGUAGAUUAUAAAGCCAUACUCAGACUGCCGACCCAUCUAGGCCCAGGUGUUUUCUUUUCAGCAGUUUGUUGUAUCCAAGUCAUUCCCAGAGUAGCCCCACUGGAAUAAAUGGACUCAGAUUUGUCCAUUGCACACAGUAAUCCUGCACUGCUAAGGCCAUUAUUAGAAAGUUCUCAUUUGGAUUUUCCUUUCCCCCCCCCUUUUUUUUUUUUGGUUUAAGAUGAGUGGAGUUCAAGGUCAGGAAGCCAGCAUCCUAUUGGAGUACUACAAUUGGAAUAAAGUGUCCUAGUUUAUUCUUGCUGCAUUUGGCAUUCCUUGUUCUCCACGUGUGAUAAGACAGAGCAUGUGGUCCUGAGCAUUAACAUCAGCCCUAGUAACGUGUUAUGUAUCUCAAUAAAUUAUCAAGAGCUUUUCUAGUCCAAGAGCUUGUGAUGGUUUUGCCUACCUGAAAGCACCUUAUGGAUUGUAGUAAUGCUCUGAUGAUUUUCCUGUAGACCACAACGCUAUAGGGCAGUAAACUACACAUAUUAGGUGCCUAUUUUCUAACAGAUAGGUUUUUGAACGUGUAUGCAAGAAACGCCAAGUCUUAUGAAUGAACUUAGAGGCUUCAGGUACCCCAAAUAAACCCCAAGUGACCUUU